AUGCUCCUACUGACCUCGUCUUUUGUAUGUGUGCAGGUGGACGUCACCCUCGUGGUGCACCUUGUUCAACAGACGCGGAUGCGCCUGAAGGCGCGCUACUUCGACAGGUCCCCUGGUCACUUUUUAUGCAGCGGAGAGAAGAUGCAGCUGCCUGACUUAAUCAAAGCUCACCAGAAGCUGGAUCAGCGUGAAAUGAAAGCGGAAGGCGUUGACGCGGAUGGCAAUGCCGUCUCCUUCGAAUACACCCUGCACGAACGCCCCCUGCCAGGCCAUGAGAUUGAGGGUGAUGUAACCGCGUGCUUUGAGCUUUUGCUCAAGUUCAUCCGCAAAGUGGACGAGGAGCUGGAGUGGCGCAUGCGCGACCUCAGCCACCUGGAAGGCGCCAAGUUGUUUCGCACAGCGUCGUAUCUGUCCGAUGACACCAAGCGACUAGAGGCCUUCAUGAAGUGGCUUGGCCAGCUCCACAAGCUGUACAACCACAAGCUGCCUGGUAAGCGUGCUUGUCUGAUGUGUCGGCUCCCGUCGCUCUACAGAUCUUCUUCUCACACUACCCAUCGCGUUGCCUUCGCGCUCAUAUCGAAUCGCCCUUCCCUCCCCUCUCAUCACCCACUUCGUCACCCUCACGUCGUCCUGUCCCCUCGCCCAUGCCAUCUCUCAUCCCUUCCCCUUCCCAUCCCGUCGUUUCUGCCUCUCUUCCUUCCCGUCCCGUCAAUCCGCCUCUCUCCCUUCCCAUCCCGUCAAUCCGCCUCCCUCCCUUCCCACACCGUCGAUCCGCCUCUUUUCCUUCCCAUCCCGUCAAUCCGCCUCUCUCCCUUCCCAUCCCGUCAAUCCGCCUCUCUUCCUUCCCAUCCCAUAAAUCCGCCUCUCUCCCUUCCCAUCCCGUCGUUUCUGCCUCUCGUCCUUCCCCUCUUCGUUCGCCCUUCCCCUCUCCGUACGUCUUCCCCUCUCCGUUCGCCCUUCCCCUCUCCAUUCGCCCUUCCCCUCUCCGUUCGCCCUUCGCCUCUCCGUCCGCCUUCCCCUCUCCGUUCGGCCUUCCCCUCUCCGUUCGCCCUUCCCCUCUCCGUUCGUCGACCCCUCUCCGUUCGCCCUUCCCCUCUCCGUUCGUCGACCCCUUGUCAAACUUAUAUGACAUUGUAUAUUUAG